AUGGUGACAGGUGACAAAGUAUCUUUGGUGAUGAUGAAGGAGUUCUUCACAAAAGUGAAAGUAGUUAAGGAUGCCACAAAUUUUGUGCAUCAUCUAAAGUCAAAUCUUAAUAUGUCCCGGAAUUUCAGAAGAACAUUUAACAGAGCUACUAGAUCCCCCUGGGUUUCAACUUUAACCUCCAUUGCAAGGGAAAUGACCUUUGGGAUGAAUAUAGCAGCGGACGUUGGGCAAUACAACGCCAAAACACUUGCAUUUGUUGUGCUAUAUCUUGUGACAAGCUCAUCUUCUCUAGCAGCAUCUCUCAUGCGUUACUCUAAUAAUAAUCCAAACGUCCCACCGGGUUCAACCGGGUAUCCGAUAAUUGGAGAAACCAUCGAUUUCAGCAUUCUUGGACCCGAAAAAUUCAUCGCGCAGAGAAUGAAAAAAUACUCUGCACAAGUAUUCAAAACUUCCUUGUUGGGAGAAAAAAUGGUCGUCGUUUGUGGACCACCUGGUAACAAAUUCGCAUUCUUCAAUGCUCGGACUUCAUUCUUCCGUUCUUCCCAUAUCCGGUCGCGAAACUGUUCGAUUCGUUAG